AUGCCUCUGCUCCUCUCUUAUCCCGGCUUACGAAGUAUUCUGGAACAUCUGGAAGCAGUUAAACGUGCCCAUAUCAUUGCUCGAUCUCCAGGCCUCCAAAAAAUAAAUAAAUUGAUUCCGCUUUGUUUGAAGGAUCUCUGUAUUAACAGUAACGACAUGACUAUCAACAAAUUAUGGAUUACAUGUGAUAAGGAUGGGGUAAAUUUUGCGAUGAAUAGGAAAAUAUUCAUCCGACAGAGUGCAGAGAGCCAAGAAGAUAAAAUGAAGAAAUUGAUUAAUUUUUAUAUUUGUGGAAGAUCGAUCAUCCAUGUGGGCAGGCUGAGUUGGGAUACAGAUUUCUUGCCUGUCGAUCUGAAAUUGAGGGUAAAUUCGUUAAGUGUAUUCUCCCAUUGGGAGUUCGAAGCCGCAAUUCCUUCCAUAGAUCCUCGUAGUUUCCCUCUAAAAACCAUGAUCACUCGUCCCGAGACCUCAAACUUCGACGACCAAAUUGUUCAGUUAGCAGAAACUCUUAUUUUGCAUGUUGUCACUCAUCGAAUAGUCAGUGUUGAAGACCUCAAGAAACUUAACAACAAGACUGUGGUAUUUGAAGACUUUAGCUCCUCCAGAGUUGAUAUAAUUCCACUGAUUAAAUAUCAUAUUGAAACCAAGAAAGAUAUUGGAACCACUUUCGUGAUUCCAACAGAUUGCAACACUGACAAAUAUUCCAUCAAUGAGAUGCUAUAUGAGUUUGAACAAGCGUUUGGGGACUUCCGAUGUGAUUUGGAUGACGUUAAUGAGAGAUUUAUUCCUGGAUCGUAUAAGUUCUCCAUUCCAAUCAACAACGAGUCUAGAAUCCAAGUGUAUGCAAUCGAGGAUCCGGAAAAAGAUGGUCGAUGGAAAAUUGUGAUCAGGCCAGUGUCUGAAGUCUCGGGGUUAUGA